GGGACACUCAGCGACGAGGCCCGGGGGUCGCCGGGGCCACGACUUCUCGGAGACCGCCCUGCGCUCUCUGGAGACGCGCCGCCCGCGCCAGGGUGGUGCCAUGUGGGGCGGUCGCCGCUCAUCCGUCGCCUCCUCCCGGAACGCCGCUUCGCUCCUGCAGCUGCUGCUGGCCGCGCUGUUGGCGGCGGGGGCGAGGGCCAGCGGCGAGUACUGCCACGGCUGGCUGGACGCGCAGGGCGUCUGGCGCAUCGGCUUCCAGUGUCCCGAGCGCUUCGACGGCGGCGACGCCACCAUCUGCUGCGGCAGCUGCGCGUUGCGCUACUGCUGCUCCAGCGCCGAGGCGCGCCUGGACCAGGGCGGCUGCGACAACGACCGCCAGCAGGGCGCCGGCGAGCCUGGCAGGGCGGACAAAGACGGCCCCGACGGCUCGGCAGUGCCCAUCUACGUGCCGUUCCUCAUCGUUGGCUCUGUGUUUGUCGCCUUUAUCAUCUUGGGGUCCCUGGUGGCAGCCUGUUGCUGCAGAUGUCUCCGGCCUAAGCAGGAUCCCCAACAGAGCCGAGCCCCAGGGGGUAACCGCUUGAUGGAGACCAUCCCCAUGAUCCCCAGUGCCAGCACCUCCCGGGGGUCAUCCUCACGCCAGUCCAGCACAGCUGCCAGUUCCAGCUCCAGCGCCAACUCGGGGGCCCGGGCGCCCCCAACAAGGUCACAGACCAACUGUUGCUUGCCGGAAGGGACCAUGAACAAUGUGUAUGUCAACAUGCCCACGAAUUUCUCGGUGCUGAACUGUCAGCAGGCCACCCAGAUUGUGCCACAUCAAGGGCAGUAUCUGCAUCCCCCAUACGUGGGGUACACGGUGCAGCAUGACUCUGUGCCCAUGACUGCUGUGCCACCUUUCAUGGACGGCCUGCAGCCUGGCUACAGGCAGAUUCAGUCCCCCUUCCCUCACACCAACAGUGAACAGAAGAUGUACCCAGCGGUGACUGUAUAACGCAGAGUCACUGGCGGGUUCCUUUACUGAAGGGAGAGGAAGGCAGGGGUGGGUUCUCCAGGUGGAAGUCCGCACGUGCCGGUGGUAUUUGUGGCACGGUUCCUUUGGAUGACUUCAUUUGCCCCCAGACUGUAUGAAAACAUCUCCAAAUGAGCAUUUCUGGAUAUGUGUCACCCAGGGUAUCAUUGAUUUAUGAUGGGAAACUGGCCUCAGCUGGAGAUGGCUGUGAUGUUGCUGAUGGGCGGGUAACAAAUGCUUGAGUCCCAAGUGCCCUUGAGAUAUGGUUGGCGAAAGAAUUUUAUAAACUGAUAAAUUAAGGGUUUUUAUUAUGUUAUUAUUAUUUCUUUUUUGUUGUUGAGUGCACAAGAUCAAAAUGCCUGUUAUCUCCCUUUUACCUGGGCCUUUUUUUUUUUUU